GCAAAAUGAAGCGUUCUUUCGAAAGUAUACGUUUGCGAUUUUCUAGUGAGAAAAUGAAGAGAGAAAGUUAUAAUAGAAGUGAUGGAGCUGAACCCGACGGUCAGCAAAAUCAGAAUUAUUGGAUUAAUAAUAAAUUUAAUGAUUUGCCCGCCAAUGAGUGUUUCUCCGCUUACAACGGAGAUUCACCAUUCGAGGUGAACAAAUUUAAGAGAAAUUUAAAGAUUGGAAGAUUUAAACAGUUUUUCAAAAGUAUAUUUUCUAAACUGUUGCGCUGUUGUUGCGUAAAAGAAGAAAAUUCCGAUUCACCGUGCGAAUCGGAGGAUUUUCAAUCUGGACUUGAACGUCUAAACAACACUAAAGAGAAGUACAAAUUCCAAGAAAUUGGUGAAGGAUCUUUUGGCACAGUCUAUGUGGGUCGGUCUAAAAGUUCCGACAAAGCAAUCGCUGUCAAAGCCAUCAAGAAACGACGGUUUUCCCUAAAGCAGGAAUUCGAUAUUCUCAAAGAAGGAACUGCUUGGCGCCGUGUAUCUAAUCAUCCUCACAUUGUCAGUUUUAUUGGUCUCUUCGAAACUGAUAUUAGUCACUGUUUCGUCUGUGAUUACGUGAAUGGAGAGAAUUUGACCGACUUUUUGGAAAUAAAUGGAAUAUUAUCGGAAAACCAAGCUAAAACGAUCGGUGCACAACUUGCUUCGGCCAUCAUUUACAUUCACGAUAAAGAAAUUAUUCACAGAGAUAUAAGCUCAAACAACAUAUUAAUAGAUAAGAAAAAUGAAGCACAUUUGAUUGACUUUGGUCUGUGCACGGUAAGUACUGUAGGCCUCUUACUGUUUUUCAACUGUGCUUUUCUUAUGACAUGCCGAUUUUAUUGUUUUCAGUUCGAACGCCGUCCAAAAUACUUCUGUGGCACUCUGUUCUAUUUAUGCCCAGAAAUUCUUCAACGGAAGGAAUACGACGCUUACUGCGAUUGGUGGGCGUUUGGAGUUGUAUUAUACGAGAUUUUGGUUGGAAAAACUCCAAUGAACGUUUAUUUGGAAGAAAUUAUGACCAUUGAAGAUUUCCAGUCAUUGCCGAUAACCGAGAAACUUCAAAUUGUUGAAGAAGUGGAGUUAACGUAUCCUUUUGAACUACCGCAGGAUGCCAAAAAAAUAAUCCAGGAUUUGUUACAGAAAAAUCCUGAGGAACGUCUUACAGAAGAAAAAAUAAAAAAUCACAAAUUUUUCGAUGAUGUGUCGUGGCCUAUAAUGCCAGAGAACUAAAUCUUUAUUUAAGAGAUGCAAAGAAUUGUUCGAAUGGAUUAUUUCUGUCCUUUCGUUCCUUUUAUUUUAAAUGUUUUCUUUUAAUUUCAUACUUUAUUCGUUAUAAAUAAAGCUUAAUUAAUUACAAA